CGGCGGGGCGGCCGAGGACGGGGAGCCCCGCGGGCCGGUGAUGCGCGCCCCUGGCCGCCCGCUCCGGGACCUUAGGAUUCAGAUUUGCUGUUCUGUCUUACACUGAUACAUCAGUACCAUAAAACGAUGCCGCUCCUAAGGAAUAGCUUGCUGUCCUCCAGUGAUAGCCUUGUGAAUGAUACUGCAAAUCUCCAUGAAAUGACCUUUUCUAUUGACGUUGCAUCUGCUGAAAAAAGUUCAACAAGUCUGACUGAGAAGACUGGUUAUCAAGACACCAUCUACCUAAAUGCAGCCAACAUUUUUCAAGGUAUUCAUAAUAAAAAGCCUCAAGAUAAGUUGCUGGUGAAGUAUGGGAAUGGAUCCCUGCCGCUGGCACCAGAUUUCAAAGAUGAGCGAAGCCAACGUUCGUCCUAUGAACUGGCUUUCAAUGCUUUAAAAUAUCAAGAUAUUCUUGAAAAUGUAUUGAUUGACAGUGGCGUUUAUCCAAUGCAGUCAAUACCAGAUGAAUUGACAAGUCUAGUUGUUGUGAUGUUAUACGAUCUUCAAGAUCGGAAAUUCGAAGCCCGCCAAAAUAUUGAUGAUGAAGAACCAAUAGAAGAGGUCCAAGAAGUUGAGCAUUACCUGUACAGUUUUAAAACCAAACUGGCUGCAGCAUUAGCAAGAUGUCGAAUUAAGCACGACGCCCUUUCCAUCGACUGCAUUCUGCCAGAAAGCAUCCGCAGGCAAGAGCAAAGGGCCUCUGCUCUGCCCUGGUUUGCUUGGGUGAAUACACUCAAAGUGAGCCUGGAAGACGUUCAUGGUGCUUUGCAGAAGGAGGGAUUCACAAGAGUGGAAUCAGUGUCAAAAUUUGAUGGCUAUACAUAUUGCCUGGAUAAACACUGCGAAAAUUUAUUCAUCUUCCCUUCUGUUCUCAAAGAACAGCUGCUUACUUUGGAACUCUUCGCUCAUUACAAACUCUUACUACAGGAUAAGUCCCGGAGCCUUGCUGUGCAUUCUGUGAAGUCUAUGUUGAAUAUGGACGAUGACGUCUUAAUAGCCCACGUGGGCUCAGGGCUCACUGCGGCCCACAUGUCGGUACUGACAAGCCCAGGGGCUUCCAAAGUAUUUGUAUGUGGGAUCAAGUCAGCAGCAAAGGAAGCAGAGCUCAAGAGUUUGUUCGCAGAGAUGGACUGUAAAAAUAUUGAACUAUUGCAUGAGGAUUUUUCAAACAUCGAGCCAACUGAGCAUAAGCUGCAGAAAGUUAAAGUGAUUUUGCUGCUGCCUCGUUGUUCUGGCCUGGGUGUGAGCAAUCCAGUCGAAUUCAUUCUCAACGAGCAGGAAGAUGCUGACUUUCUUAGGGAUCUCUCUCAAGGGUCUGUAGCAGAAGAUAAACUCAAUGUUCUUGCUGAACAGCAGCUUAAAGAAUUAACACAUGCAAUGCAGUUUAAUAAAGUGCAAGCUGUUGUGUACUGCACCUGUUCGGUUUAUCCGGAAGAAAAUGAAGCUGUCGUGAGCAAGGCCCUCACGUCGGGAGCAGAAGGAGUGAAGGCCCAACCGUACAAGCUUUGCCCUCCUGUCCUCCCUUUAUGCUGCAAAUCAGAAAUAAACAAUUCUGCUGAGAAUUUUUUCAAACUGGAGUUAUCGGAUAUUUCUAACAGCUGUUUCAUAGCUGUUCUGGCCCGAGAGAGGGAUCCAUCUGAGACCGUGUCGGUAAAAGAUGUUUUAGCUCGUGCUGCAGCGAAAGGAUUAUUGGAAGGUAUUGACUUAGCAAAGCCAUCUAAAAGAGAGGAGAAGAAGAAAAAGAAACAAAAAGGAACUCCAACAAAAACAGCUACUAAAGAAGCAGUAAUACAGUCCAGAAUUCAGGAGUUCCUGGAUAGGGAAAUGAAACCCACCAAGAUUGACUCACACUCUUCAGUAUCUAAUAUAACUACCAGUACUUCUCAGAAAACCAUAAGCCAGACAAAAGAUUCCGCGCAGCUGAAGAAAACGGCGAAGCCCGCUUCGGACUCAUCCUUACCUGUGAUGCUGAAAAACACUCCCACUUCCUCAUCCACACAAAAAGUGUUUGAAAGGCAACGAACUGCCAGGAAACCGAAGUCAGAAGAGAAACUGAUGGUUCUGAAGCCUGUUGAGAUCGUCCUGCCUCCGGUAAUGAUGCCAUACUUCAAUCCGCAAGGGAACAGAUCCCAAAUUUCAUCUAACCACUAUUAUUAUCACUGGGUUGGAUCAAAAACUGGAAUAUAUGGCUCAAUUAGUCCUUCUUCUUCUAAAAAACUGAUCAAGUCAAAAGAACCCUCAUCAUCUUCUACAGCCAAGCAUGCUCGUCCAUGGCACUGAAGACCUGCCUUUUGUAACUGCUGCUUCUUACUGUAAUUCUUUCAGAAUUUGAAGCUUGUAUUCUUCUAAUGGGUUUUUCUUUUUUUUUAAAAAAACCCUCCUGUAUAGGAUCACUUGCUCAUCAAGCAUGUAUCUUCGUAGGAAACAAUGUGCUUUUAGAAGGCAGAUAAAACAUAUAUUCCUUCCCAUUAUUAUUAUGAAGAUAGUGGAGGGGCCAUUCUGCAGAAAGGCUUUCAUUAUGUAGUCCAGCUUGAGUCAAUUGUGCGGGUCAAAAUGCCUAAAUCUGACACACACACCCCAGAUUCUGCAUGUCACGGAGGAUAAACUGGAAACACUUUGUAUGUGUGCUGGCUAGUCAGCUUGGAAUGUAGCAGGGGCAGCUUUUGUCUGAAUCUUAAGGGUUAGCUGCUAAUACUAUAAAGUAAACCAGGGCUUCUAAAAUUUGUAAUGGAUUUGCAAUACUACUUCACUAUCAUUGGGGAAUUUUGCUUCCUUUUGUUUUUCAUUUCUAAAACUGGUUCCAGUGUCUGCAGAGUGAUAUUUCAAGAUUUCAGCCUGUUUCAAUAAUUUGCUCUUAAAUCUUCUCUUCCAAAAGGGCAUACAAUUUUGAAAACAAGUUGUGACAGUUUUGACUUUAAGAAUAAAACACCACAGUCUCCAAGAAAGGGCUAAGAAGUCUGCACGAGAACAGUUUCUGGCCUUCUUUGUAUGACAGCAUAAUUACUGGAUGGUUUCACUCUGCUACUGCUAGACACUGAACUCCACUAGUAAGUCAGUCUAAAUCUUCAGUUUAUUAUGCAGCAUAUUUUAAAUGGAAACCAUACCUAUUAAAAUGCCUGAUUGAAGCCUGUCUUGAGUGGUUGUCCUGGUAGUUUGCCAUGUAGUUUUGGACCUAAGGUAUGGUCUGAAGGCAGAACGGGCAGCCAGUUUACUUCAGCGGAGCUGCUGUGUGUCUGUUCACUGCCUGCAUCAUCUCUUACAUGCCCCAUUUAAUAUUAUAUCAUUGGAGAUGAUAUAAUAAA